AUGGGUUCUUCAGAUGUUUCAAGUCGUGAAAGUUCUUUGGUUUAUAAUGAAGAUCCCGAAUUUCCCGAUGGCACAACACCAUGUGAUCGGUUAGGAGUGGACUUGAUGAAUGUUCUUGAUGGCAAGGAUGAAAUAAAACAAGGACCAGCUCCAGUAUCAGAUCGUGAAAUAGAGGGUACAGAAUCUGAUACUUCCGCAGUGUCUUCAUUUGCUAGCGCUAAUGAAUUGAUAGCUGAGCCAAACGCUGGAAGCGAGACCAAUCUGGAGGCUAAUGUCCAAGAGGGAAGACGUGCCUUAGAGAAACAAAGAGAGAUGGUUGCUAGAUUGAUAGAAGAAAACAAAGAAGCACAAAAAGAGGGUGAUAAAGUCUGUAUUGUCCCCAAGGUUUGGUAUGAUAAAUUUUUUGACCCCGAUGUUACCGAUCCUGAAGAUAUAGGCCCUAUUAAUACACGCAUGAUUUGCAGGGACUUUGAAAAUUUCGUGCUUGAGGAUUACAACAGAUGCCCGUACCUAUCUAUUGCUGAGCCUGUUUUCAAUUUUCUGUCAGAAACUUACGGCAUGACAAGUGGCUCCUACCCAGUGGUGACUAAUUUGGUUAUAAAUCAAAGCACAGGAGAAUUAGAGACAGAGUACAAUAAAUGGUUUUUCAGGCUACACUAUCUGACGGAAAAACAAGACGUGAGGAAGAGAAGGCAUAGCCAGGACGAUGCAGUAAUGUAUCUCUCGAUGUCUGCGUUGGAUUUAGUACGUGACUUGGUUGAAAAGAGUAUGAAUUUAUUCUUUGAAAAGGCUGAUCAUUUAGACGUGAAUGCAGUGGAUUUUAAAAUUUGGUUCGUGUCAGAGGGAUCUGAUAUUGUCACAGAUAGCAACGUUAGUAGUGUUUUGAAUACUGCAUAUGAAAUAACUCCACUUCAAUUCCUUGAGCUACCGAUAAAAAAAUUGUUAACACCAGGCAUGUUCGAAAAUCGUUUGGACAAGAUAACUUCAAAUCCAAGCGAUCUAGUUAUAGAAACUAAACCUAUAGAAGGCAAUUCCCACUGGCCCUCAAACUACUUUGCUUAUAACAAACUUGAGCCAGCUUCAGGAAUUACUGGUUUGGUCAAUUUGGGGAAUACAUGUUACAUGAAUUCUGCGUUGCAAUGCCUUGUGCAUAUCCCGCAGUUGCGUGAUUAUUUCCUUUAUGAUGGUUAUGAAGGCGAAAUAAACGAAGAAAAUCCUCUUGGAUACCACGGUUACGUGGCUAGGGCAUUUAGUGAUUUGGUUCAAAAGUUGUUCCAAAACAGACUGAGCGUAAUACAAAGAAAUUCUGCUUUUCCCCCUUCAAUGUUCAAAUCCACUGUUGGACACUUCAAUUCGAUGUUUUCGGGUUAUAUGCAACAGGAUUCUCAAGAAUUUUUAGCCUUCCUGUUAGACAGUUUGCAUGAAGAUUUGAAUAGGAUAAUGAAGAAGGAAUACAUAGAGAAACCGUCAUUAUCUCCUGGUGAUGACGUGAAUGAUUGGAAUGUGGUCAAGAAAUUGGCAGAUGAUACCUGGAAGAUGCAUUUAAAAAGAAAUUGUUCGGUUAUAACGGAUUUAUUUGUCGGGAUGUACAAAUCAACGCUAUACUGUCCUGAAUGUCAAAAUGUUUCUAUAACGUUUGAUCCGUAUAAUGAUGUUACACUGCCGCUUCCAGUCGAUACAGUGUGGGGUAAAACUGUAAAGAUUUUUCCCAUGAACUCUCCACCACUUCUUCUUGAAGUUGAGCUAAGCAAAUCGUCCACUUAUAUUGACUUGAAGAAUUGUGUUGGUAAAAUGUCGGGCCUAGAUCCAAAUACACUAUUUGGCUGUGAGAUUUUCAGUAAUCAAGUCUAUGUUAACUAUGAGUCGACAGAAUCCAAUGCUCAAUUUCUAACCUUGCAAGAAUUGAUCAAACCUGCUGACGAUGUUAUUUUUUAUGAAUUACCGGUAACCGAUAAAAAUGAAGUAAUUGUUCCUGUAUUGAAUACUAGAAUUGAAAAAGGCUACAGGAAUGCGAUGUUAUUUGGAGUUCCUUUCUUUAUUACGUUAACAGAAAAUGAACUGGAUAACCCAGGUGCAAUAAGAAUGAAAUUACAAAAAAGGUUUGUCCAUUUGAGUGGUGGAUAUAUCCCAUUUUCUGAGCCUGUGGGGGAUCGGGUCGAUUUUGCAGAAAAUUUUCCAUUAUUAGUAGAAAAGUAUCCAAAUAUUAAACUUGACCAAUAUAAAGAUAUAUUGCAGUAUACGUCCAAUAAGGCAACUGAUAAGGAUAAAUCCUAUUUUUCCAUCAAGGUUCUGCCUGUAGAAAAAGAACAGCAAUCCGUUGGUAGCAACCGAACACUGCCAAACUUCUGGACCCCCUUCUCCCAGUUAAACUUUGAUAAAGCUACAGAUAUAGAUGAUAAAUUGGAAGGUGUAGUAAGAGAUAUCUACAACUAUUCAUCCUUAGUGGAUCCUGACGAAGGAAUCCCUAUGCAAGUGGACGACGAGGGGGAGAUUGAGCUUAGUGAAGCAGAGAGUCCUUCUAAACCCUUCAAAUUGGAAGAUGAGGAAGAAAACAAAGAAGUGGCAACAAAUAAUGAGAAUGUAAAUAAUACUACUGACCGAGAUGAAGAUAUGGAACUAACAGAUGACAUUGAGGAAGAUGCGAGCACAGAGCCAGAAUCAAUGGAUAAACCAGAAGUUUCGAAUAAAACCAAGGAUAGUUUGACUACCACUCUACCUGCGAUUCUUUCUAGGAAUGAUAUUAUUGUUUGUGAGUGGGGCGAAGUAGCUUCAAAUGAGGCUUUCUCCGACGAUAAAAUAUAUAACUGGGAGAAUCCAGCUACUUUGCCUAAUAGCGAGUUGGAAGUCGCGAAGUUAGAAAGAUCUAAUGCUAAGGAAAGGACCAUAACCCUAGACGAUUGUCUCCAAUUAUUCUCUAAACCAGAAAUACUAGGACUAACCGAUUCAUGGUACUGUCCCACAUGUAAGGAACACCGUCAGGCUACUAAACAAAUACAACUUUGGAAUACGCCAGAUAUUCUGCUAAUACACCUGAAAAGAUUCGAAAGUCAAAGGUCCUUUAGCGAUAAAAUUGACGCCACUGUCAAUUUUCCUAUUACAGACUUGGACUUAUCCGAGUACGUUGUUUAUAAAGAUGAUCCUAGAGGUUCAAUCUAUGAUCUAUAUGCAGUAGACAACCACUAUGGUGGUUUAGGUGGUGGACACUAUACCGCAUAUGUAAAGAAUUUUGCGGACAAUAAGUGGUACUAUUUUGAUGAUUCGCGAGUAACUGAAACUGCGCCAGAAAAUAGUAUAGCCGGAUCAGCGUAUUUACUAUUUUACAUUCGUCGUCCCAAAGAUGGCAAUGUACUAGGUAGUUCUAAACUGCAGGAAAUAAUCAAAAAGUCGCGCCAGGGAUACGAUGAGCGUAUCAAGAAGAUAUAUGAUGAACAGAUGAAGUUGUAUGAAGUUAAUAAGACGGAUGAGGAGGAAGAUAUUUCUGAUGAUAUGAUAGAAUGUAACCAAGAUGAGCAAGCCCCUGAAUAUAGCAAUCGUAGUUUGGAGGUUGGGCAUAUUGAAACCCAGGACUGCGACAAUGGUGAUGACAAUGAUGAUGGUGAGAGGACAAAUUCAGGUAGGAGAAAGUUGAGAUUGUUGAAAAAAGUCUACAAACAUAAUUCAGGCUUGGGUUCAUCGAGUACGUCUGACAUAUCUGAGGGAGGCCCAGAAAAUGAGGUCACUGAUUUAAAUUAUAAAAAUGAUGUGACACUCGAAUCACCGGAAUGA